AUGGAUCGACGCAAUGCAGCUGCUGAUGCCGACUUGAGAAGAAGAAAGCUGGAGCAGAGAGAUCAUGAGACAAGGCAAAAUAUCCGAGAAAGGUUAGUUGGUGAAUCUAGAGCGCAAAUCCCCUUAUGCUUUGCAUCACUUGAGGCUUCCCAUGUCUUGAAUGCUCCGAAAUAUUUGUCUUGUGACUGGGACAUGGAGUUUGAUUUGAUUCCUUCUGUUGGUGUCUUUUUUCACGAUGUGCAUAAGAAGCAUAGAUGCGGAUUGAUCAAGGAAGUCACUUCAGAUAAAAUGCUUGAAGUGUAUGUGCUGUACAGCAAAGAGACUUUGACGGAAGUGUUUGGGAACAUUUCCCAAGCCGACAAUCGAAGAUAUCGCGGAUAUCUCGAUUCCAUGCAACCCAACGAUUGUUUUCAGAGCAUCUACACGGAUAUUCUUCCACUGGCUGAUGUGGUCGGAAUAUUCAAAGUUACAUUUCCUUUCUGUUCUGUCCUAAGUUCCAUUCAGAGGACGAGCGACUCCAAAUGGGUUUCUUCCAAAAAUUUCGUCUGA